UUUUUGGCCGCAGUUGACCCGCUGGAUAUGGCCGACAGCGCUCGUCGACACGCAUGAUGGAGCACAUCUCAGAAUCUGACCUCUAUCGCCGAUCAUAGAACGAUAAGGCUUUGCGGUCUGUCAACCAGAUGGCUCCCAUAAGCUAUCGCAAGCAUCUGGGUCGCGACAAGUUCGGGGCGCAGUUCAGCCUUCUGAAAACCCAACAGUACACCGACCCGGCUACUCGAACGCUCACGCCGACAAUUCACCGAACAAUCUCAUGGAACGCCUCGGGUGGGCUGAUCGCGACGGGCGCCAACGACAAGACAGUGCGGGUAUGGAACCCUGAACGGACGAGUCCACGAAGUCAGACCGAGCUUAGAGGACACGGUCAUGCGGUAGAAAAAGUCCUGUUUAAUCCUGCUCGCGAGUUCGAACUGGCCAGCUGCUCCUCUGAUGGAACAGUGCGGUUCUGGGACACUCGGAGUAAAACCUGCGUCACCAAACUUGAUGUCGGCGGGGAGCCUUUCACGCUGAGUUGGAGCACUGAUGGGAGCACUCUGCUUGCCGGAACAAAGGGCGACGUACUCAUUCCAAUUUCGACCGCUAUCCCUUCAUCUCCGGUCGUUCUUUCGAGACACAAACAGCCACAACAGACCAAUCAAACGACCUUUUCAAACGCUCACCCUCCGACCGACCUAUUGAUCACCCAAGGCGAUGGAUCCGUCAAGAUUCUGGAUUAUCCAUCUUUCCAGCCUCUACACACCAUUUCCGCCCACACGUCCUCCUGCACUGCUAUCGCUUACUGCCCGAACGGUAAAUACGUGGCCGUCGGCGGCUCCGACGCCAUGAUCUCACUUUGGGACACAACUGAUUGGGUUUGUCGGCGUACUGUGUCGAACCCCAGUUCUGGAGCAAUCCGAGGACUGAGUUGGUCUUGGGAUGGACGCUACCUUGUCGGCGCCAGUGAGGAGAUGGGUUCAGGCAGCGGCGGCGAGAGCACGAGCGCGGGACUCGAGAUAUACCAUGCCGAGACGGGUGACGUGGUCCAUACCAUUCCCACGGGGACUAGUGGUAUCCCGGCCGUUGAAUGGCACCCUAACCGUUACUGGUUGGCAUACACCCAGAUCGAAGAGACACGUCAGGGGAAGUCAAGCCUAAAGAUCGUGGGUGCAGCUGGAGGCCCGUCGAUAUGAAGCAGGCGAGAUGACAGCGUGUUUGAGGGUGUGAUUAGCAUCAUGCUGCAAUGGCACAUAGCACCUGUACUUCACCCACAGGAGGCGUGGAACUGUACUGGGUGCGAGAUGAGAAAACGCUCUAGUCGGCAGUAAAUCUGCAAGAAUCUAGCAACUAGUACACUGGGGAUUUCGCUCCUAAAGUUGACAUGUAGUGACAUACAUGUAAUCUCUUACAAUGAAUGAAUCUACAAGCA